AAUGUUAUUGUAAAUAUUUGAUGUAUAUUAGACUAUUAAAUUUAACCCUUUGAACGGAUUAAUUUGAUUAGUGAAGACCAUUAUUUCGUUAGCUUUGCUAUUUACCUAUUUUUAAUUUUACGUUUAUUUCAUAAUUGUUUUGAUUAUUAAGUGUUUUAAAGUCAUGAAACACAACCAGUAAUGCUUGACGACAUUAAAACAUUUAAAAAAUGACACAAUAUUUAUUUGUGUUGAUCAUUUUGUCAUUGACUCAUGUGUUUGGAGAUUGUUCUCUUGGAGAUAGUUUUCCAUCUUAUAGGAAUUGUGUCUUAGAAUGUACAGAAAAACGAUGCGACAAAGAUGGUGUAAGAUAUAAGAGAAGCUGUUGUAUUGCAGUUCUAGAUGUUUUUAAAUGGAAAUGUUCGGAAAACUGCAAGUAUGAUUGUAUGUGGCCGAUGGUUGAAGGUUUGGUUGAACGUAAUUGGCCAGUUCCUCAGUUUCAUGGAAAGUGGCCGUUCAAGAGACUACUUGGUUUGCAAGAACCUGCCUCUGUGGCUUUCUCUUUAUUAAAUUUGGUAUCAAAUUUAAUCAUGUUCAAUCGUUUCAAAGAGCAAAUACGUUUCCCACUACCAUCGUGUAACAUAUGGUCUCUAUACACAUUGGUAUCAGCUAAUUGUUGGAUUUGGUCAGCUGUAUUCCAUGGCAGAGAUACUAUGUUUACAGAGUUAAUGGACUAUAUUAGUGCAUAUGCUAUGGUUUUAUUUGCAUUUUAUACUAUAGGCUAUCGUAUUCUUUUGUACAGUAAUCCAAUAGUAAAGAAUACAUUUAUGGUGAUCUGUUCACUUGCAUUUAUCUAUCAUUCACUGUAUCUACUUACAACAGAAUAUGAUUAUAAGUACAAUAUGACUACAAAUCUUCUUGUUGGUGGUGUGACUGGUACAGCUAUGUUAAUAUGGGCAGUUUUAAAUCGCCGUAGAAUGGGUCAUGGUAAAUAUUUGAUAUUUUAUGUACUUGGCAUGACUUUGGCUUCAUUAUUAGAACUAGCAGAUUUUCCUCCACUACUCUGGACAUUUGAUGCACAUUCACUCUGGCAUUUAGCAACAGCUCCCAAUGCAUAUUUUAUGUACAAGUUUGCGAUUGAAGACUGUAAACAUCAACGUCGAAUGCUGCUAAAAUGACAGUUUCUUGCACUGGGGAUACCUCAGAUACAAGAUGAAUAAGACUUGAGAGAUUAAUUUAGUUUUCCUAAUUACUAAUCUUUGCCUGACUUGUUAAGCUUUACAACAAAAUUAUUUUUUCUUCCUGAAUAGAGCUCAUCACAUAAUUUAUGUGAGAUAUAGUGUAAUUAAAAAUUACUCUAACUUAAAGUGGCCAAAUAUUUUCUGAUUCAAGUAAUUAUUUUAUUUUUAUAUACAUACUUUACCAACAGAUAUUAUCAUUUUAAAACCUCAGCUAUAUGUUAACCUUGGCAUAUUAGAUGAUAAUAUUUAUAUUGUCAAAUACUAGAUAAAUUUGUUAAAAUGUGUUAAGUUAAUUUUCAACAUUUUAUAGAAAAAACUAAAUAAUUCUAAUCAUUAAUAAGAAUUUUCCAAGUAUUUUUACUUGAAAAACUCAAUGAUAUGCGAACAAAAGUUAAGAACAACUCAAUAGUGCAUAAAGUAUGGACUAAAACUAUUUUAACUAUCAAUCAAAGACUUUACUAUCAUGUUAAUACAUAAUUACUAAUUACUACUUCCAAAAAGCAACUUUUUACUACUUAGAACUACCAAAGAAAAACUACCUAAUAUGCCCAAAAUUAAUUAUAAUUACCUUUAAUGAAUCUCAUAAAAGUUACUCAGUAAUUGUGAUAAAAUGUUAACUUACCUUAUAAUAAUAUCCAGUUACAUAAUAUGUAAGUUUCCUUGUUCAUUUUGAUGCCAUAUGAUUACCAUUUUUUUUAUCAUUUUGUGCAUACAACCUAGUUAUUGUUUUUUUUAUAUUUUUUUAUAAUUGUUGUUACAUAUUUAUUGUAAAUAAAAGAAUAGUUGACAGUUUCUAACCAAUUUAUAUACAUUACGUACCUAAAACCAAAAUUUAAAUUGCUAG